GACGGUUCGACGACGACCGCGAGCGACGAGAGCGACGGGACGGGAGCGAACGGGAGUGGACGCGCGAUCGCGGCGACGCGCGGUGGGACGCGCGGCGACGCGAGGACGGGCGAGGGUGGACGGGACGGGACGAGGACGCGCGCGCGAGCGCGGGACCGGGCGCGGGACCGGGACCGAGGCGAGACGGAUGGGGAAGGGAUGGAUGGGAACGCGAGCGAGGAAGGUUCGGAAACGAUGGCGCGAGGCGGGAGGAUCGAGGCGGGGAGCGGUUCGGGGGACACGCGCGAAGACCGGAUCCGAGGGAAACGGCGACGCGGGAGGCGCUCGCGUCGCGGUGGUUGGAGAAGAACGCGAACGGGACGGCCAAGGUGAGCGAUUAUAACGCGGAGAAGUUGAGGCGGGAGAUAUACGUGGGGAAUUUGGUGUCGGGACAGAUCGGGGCGACGAUGCUGUGCGAAUUGUUGAACGAUGUGUUGAAGAAGAUCGUGCCCGAGGCGUGUCACGCGGUGGGGAAGUUGCCGCCGGUGCUGAGCAUCGUGAUGGAUAGCGCGCAAAAGUACGCGUCUUUGGAGAUGCGAAGCUCGGCGUUGGCGACGGCGGCGCUUGGUUUGGAUCAGAUGCACGUGCUAGGGCGACCGCUGCACAUCACUCGGCCGGCGGGAUACUUUGACGACCCGGACGCGAAGAGACAAGUUUUAAACGUCGAGCACGUGCUUCCCGCGCCGGAGAAACUGCAGCAAGUGUACGAUUAUUUGGACGCCCGCAAGAUCGAAGAAUCGAAAUCGAAGGAUGAAGCGAUCGAACGCGCGAAGAAGAUGGCGGUGAGUGUGUCUGAGAGUGUGGCUCACGCCGCCGCGCCGACGACGGCAGAGGCCACGGAGUAUUUGUGCCUCGAAAACAUGGUCGACGUCAAGACGUUGCUCAGCGCUCGCGAGCGCAAGGAAUUGCGAUACGAUAUCGAGGAUGAGUGCGGAAAGUGUGGUAAAGUGGUUCGUGUGGUCGUUCCAACGCCGAGCGACGAAGAGGUCGAACGCAAGGCGGCGAGUCGUGCGUACGUUUACUUUGCGCGCGUCGGCAGCGCUGAGAGCGCGCACAAGGUGAUGCACGGUCGAAAAUUCGGUGGUCGCAUAGUCCAGGCGCGAUACAUAGAGGCUAGUGAGUUCGAAGCCUUCGAUAAGAAGUAGUAUAGU